AGCCUCGGGGUUCGCGCCUGCGCCGCGGAGGCCGCGGGUGGGCGGAGCUGUUCGGGAUGAGUGGCGGAGGGACAGAGACCCCGGUAGCAUGCGAGGCCGCCCAGGGCGGCGGCGGCAAGAAGCGAGACUCGCUGGGGACUGCGGGUGCGGCGCACCUCAUUAUCAAGGAUCUUGGAGAAAUUCAUUCAAGACUGCUGGAUCACAGACCAGUUACCCAAGGUGAAAUCCGUUACUUUGUAAAAGAAUUUGAAGAAAAACGUGGUCUUCGAGAAUUGCGCGUUCUUGAGAACUUGAAGAAUAUGAUCCAGGAAACAAAUGAGCGCAUGCUUCCCAAGUGCAGAGAGACCAUGCAGGGCGGCCUGGAGGAGACCCUGCAGAGACUGCAAGCAGCUACUGACUCCAUCCAUAGACUCCAGCAGAGAGAACAGGAGCGGAAAAAGACAGGGCCUCGUGACCCUGGGCUCGUGGAUUUGGGUGCAUUGCUGAGCAGUGAGCUGCUGCUGAGAUCCUCCUGUCUCUACACCUCCCCAGCACGUAGUUACAGCGGCCUGCUGCACCCCCACGAUCUGUGUGUGAUUAAUGACCACUUGACAGCUAGUGAGAAGCAGCGUAUGCUCCAGUGGGAGGAGUUCCUGAGAGGACAGCCGCAGCGCAGAGCCGAAGUGGAUGCCGAGCACAGAAAAGCCAUGGAGAGGCUCAGAGAGCAAUAUGCAGCCAUGGAGAAGGACCUAGCCAAGUUUUCCACCUUUUAAGAAUUUGAUCUUAAAGAGACAGAUGAAUGGGAACACACCUCAUCCCCCCAAAUCCUCCCACCAACCAUGUAUCCUCUCCUUCAAGCUUCGCAAUACACUCAGGGGCACUCUUAGGUCUGAAGAGAGGCACUGCUGGAGCCAGAUACAUGCCCAGUGGAAGACAAGUGCUUGUGUACUCAGCUGUGGUCAUCUGAGGAAGAGGAGGGCAUGUGGGAUGCAUUCACUGCUAAACAGAUUGGCCUCUUCAGGGGUUAGCUUAGAGGGUUCUGAGAGUAGAUUUCUUCAAGGGUCCACUUCAUUGUGCCAAGGGUAAAUGGUUUGACGUUGUGGACUAAAUGGCAGAUAUGACAGCUGCCUGUCACAGCAUCCUGUGACAGAGAUACCACAGUAGGCUUUGAACAGCUUGCUUGGAGACACCAGGUUUUGCAGUGCAACACAAUGCCAUGUGUUUCAAUGGGCGACAAGACAUACUUGAUCGGUAGCCUUGUAGCACUUAAUAUUUUCGUUUUCUAAGCUAUGCUUAGGAGAAAUAACAAGUAUUUUGACUUUUUCCUCUCAAAGGACCAUCAUCUUGCCCACAGAACUUACCUUGCUUUCCUGUCCAUUUCACUCUGGGCAAGCGCUCCAAGGAAUAGCAUCUAUGCAUGUUUCAGUUGUGAGUGAGUAGUCACCAGAAUCUGCCAAGAAGUCACUCCCAGGCGUGUAAGAUGGGCUCUGGGUGGGUCAAACAUGCUGGCCCACACAGCGGGUGAUCUGAGUCAGAGAUGAAUCCUCUUUGUAUUAGCAUCUGACCUCCAGCAGCUGUGUCCGGAUGGAACAGCACUGUCCACCACCACUGUGAUCUUUCCGUGCCUGCACUUAGUCUAAGGAAGGACUGCGUCAAAUGCCAUUUGCUGUAAACUAAACAGAAAUUCCUGCAGUCAUUGAGGAGAUGCAUAGCCAGUGGAUUUGAGGUGUGGACGGGUCUUUCUAGUAUUUUCUGUUCUUAAGUAAAGAAGGGCAAGGCAGAAAAUUCCUACCUGCCAUUUUCUCUCAGUGUUCUUACUGCAGAAAAUUGACAAUGUGUGCCUGUGUGAAUGUAUGGCCGACUGUGAAAGCUUCAUUCUUGGCUCAUGUUGAAACGUGAUUAAAGCUAAUAGAAGAGAUGAAA